AUGUCGUUUGACCUUCGCUCACCUGCGUAUUCUGGUGUACAUGAUGCAAUCGCUAAACCCGGAAGUCAGUAUAAUGCUGCAAUAGAUAGUGCAGAGGAGGAGCGGAUGGAAAGGGAGCAAAAGGAGAUUGAAGAUGAUUUGGACGGCGAACAAGAGGCCUAUGGAUUCCCCAGGCUACAGGAUCUGAGUCUCGAGCAGGAGGAAGAUGAGUCGGAAGAUGACGAGGCUGAUGAAGAUGAAGAUGCAACAGACCAAGAUGAAGCGCAAAUGAGCAGCUUACCCCAAAGCCAUACAACAAGUCAGAUUGAUCUUGGGAGCAUGAAGAAAGUGAUUGCUGAGGCAUCGAAGGGGGUUAUUGAGGCUACUGAUGCAAGCUAUCGAAGGCAGUUGAUUACUCAAUGCGAGAAAUUUAUGCAUGACAAAGGUUUCAUUCCAGAAGGCAAACAAUUUUUUUCACCCACACCAGUGGCUGACUCGGCAACGUUCCUUGUUGCCUGGAUUAUGAGCGAAUGUGAUGAUAUUAACCUCGAUGGAACAGCAAAACCUUCCGGGCAAGUCCAUGGCUCCUACAGUCAUGCCCAAAAGAUGCGAGCUGCUGCCACAUAUGGCUUUGGUCGCAUCGCUGAUCUUGGUUCACGUCCAUGGGAACGAGUUGAUUCCUAUGAAGUCUCAGGAGCAAGAACCUGGCGCUGGAUGGGCAAUCCUUCGGUUUCUGAAACAGUUUCACGCUACAUGAUUACUCUCCGAAAGAAGAAAAUACGUGCUGGAGAGGUUGCUACAAGUGCUCGUGCAAUCACACCCGAAAUGCUUUACAAGCUCUAUCACUUUAAUAACCAGCCUGAAGUCUCACAAAUCAAACCGAUCACUCGGAAGUCUCGGAAAUCAGCAAAUCUUGAUAACUGGUGUGGCGGGCGCACUCGAGCCAUGCUACAUGCAGUCUAUGUACUUGCAUUUCUGUGUCUACUUCGGUUUGAUGAAGCUCUCAAAAUUCAGCAUCAAGAUAUCAGACGUCUUGAUGAACAUAGCUUUGAGCUUACCCUUCCUUUCAGGAAAACGAGCCAAUAUGGAGGCAAGUUUGCUGUAUUAAUCUCCAAACCUCUUUUCAAUAGUAUUCCAGACAUCAAGCCAUUUUGUACUCCAUGA